CGGCCGGGAUGGCUUAGAGACGCCGCGCAGCCCAGAUCCGAGGAGCGAAGAGGCGCGAGUGGAGGCGGAGGGAGAGGGGGCGGCUCGCCCCAAGCCCCGGCCGGGAAGCGCCGCUUUGCUUAAGGUUCGCCGCCCGCUUGGCCCCCGAGCCGGGCCGGCUCGGCUCCCUUCGGCUGCGCUCGCCUCCCCGGGCCGCGCAGAGCCCCCCUCCGGCCCGCGGCGCCCCGCUCCCAGCCGCGCGGUGGGGGAUGCCUGCCGGCAUGUUCAGCAUCGACAACAUCCUGGCGGCCCGGCCGCGCUGCAAGGAGUCGGGGCCGCUGCAGCCGCCCAGCGCCGCGCCCGUCGUCUUCUCGGCCGGCCUGCACGGGGGGGACUCGCUCUACGGCUCGGCCGGCGGCGGCGGCGGCGGAGACUAUGGCGGGUACUACGCGCGGGCCGUGGCCCCCGCCUCCAACCUGCCCGCGCUCGGCGGGGCCCGCCUGGGAGCCUACGGCAACUACUACUACGGGCAGCUGCACGUCCAGGCGUCCGCCGUCGGCCCGGCCUGCUGCAGCGCCGUGCAGCCUCUGGGGGCCCAGCAGUGCUCCUGCGUCCCGGCCGCAGGCUACGAGGGUACCGGCUCAGUCCUCAUGUCCCCCGUGCCCCAUCAGAUGCUGCCCUAUAUGAACGUUGGCACCUUGUCGCGGACUGAAUUGCAGCUACUGAAUCAACUCCACUGCCGGAGAAAAAGGAGGCACCGGACCAUCUUCACGGACGAACAGUUGGAGGCUCUGGAAAACCUCUUCCAGGAAACCAAAUACCCAGACGUGGGUACCCGGGAACAGCUGGCCAGGAGGGUGCAUUUGCGGGAGGAGAAAGUGGAGGUUUGGUUCAAGAACCGGCGGGCUAAAUGGAGAAGGCAAAAGAGAUCUUCUUCGGAGGAGUCAGAAAACGCCCAGAAAUGGAAUAAAGCUUCCAAAACGUCCCCGGAGAAGAGCCAGGAGGAAAACAAAAGCGAUUUGGACUCCGAUAGCUGACAAGGGAGGAGUAGCUUGGCCGCGGGAGGGACUGCCUCGCCCGCACAACUUGCACGGAGAAGAUGCGCCGAAUUCUUGCACAGACUCUGCCUUGGCGGGAGAAGGAGGGAAAGAGGGACUCUCUGAUGUGUAUAUCAUGUACUUGACCCGGGGAGCGAUCCCUGCUCAAUAAAACGUG